AUGGCUGUCAACAGGGUCUCUUCGGACCGCUCCGACAUUGAACACGUCUCUCACGAAAAGGACUCUGUUACCCACCAUGAGUAUCAGCGCAAUGGCAACCUGAGUCCUGAUGAUGUUGCAUUCCUCAGCAACUUUCCAGAGGACAAGAAGAAGAAAGCAGUCCGCAAAGUUGACUACCGACUUAUGCCGAUGCUGAUUCUGCUUUACCUCAUGGCGUAUCUCGACAAGACGAACAUUGGAAACGCCAAGAUCGAAGGGUUGUUGGGUAGUCUCCACAUGACGGGCGUCGAGUACAAUAUUGCAGUUUCUGUCUUCUUCAUCCCAUUCGUCCUAGCCGAAGUCCCGAGCAACAUGAUUCUACACAUGUUCAAGAGACCUUCGCUCUACAUUGGUGCCAUUGUCACAUGCUGGGGCAUCAUCAUGACCUGCAACGGCGUGGUUCAAAGCUAUGGUGGUCUGAUAGCUGUUCGAAUAUUCCUUGGCUUGUUUGAAGCAGGCUUCCUUCCCGGCGCUAUUUUGAUCAUCUCCAAGUGGUACCUCCCAAACGAGACGCAGACCAGGAUAGCUCUUCUCUAUACGUCUGCCGCAUCUGGUGGAGGCGUCUCCGGCCUUCUAGCAUUUGCCAUCGCAAAGAUGGAUGGUGUCGGAGGGUAUGAAGGUUGGCGAUGGAUAUUCAUACUCGAAGGUUUGGCUACAGUGGUCAUUGGCACCAUGUGCUUCUUCUUCCUGAUCGACUCUCCCGCUCUGUCCAAGUGGCUAGACGCCGACGAAAAGCGCUAUCUCGAAUUACGACAAGAAGCCCGCCGGGUUCAUCGACCAAGCGAGUUCCGAGAAAAACACUUUGAUAAGCAGGCUUUGAUGUCUGUCCUGACAGACUGGAAGAUCUAUCUCUUGAUCUUUGCAAACUGGUCGAACAUUAUCAAGAACAUGGGCUAUACCUCGGCCAACGCGCAGCUUUUGACGAUGCCCCCGUAUGCGGUCGGCGCUAUUUCGGCUUCCAUAUUUUCAGUCUUUGCUGAUAGGUAUUCGUGGCGAAUGCCGUUCAUCAUUGGCCCUCAGCUCUGCCUCGUGGUCGCAUUUAGUAUCUUGUUCACAAAGAGUGCCAAUAUCAAAGACAACAUUGCAUUGUGUUAUUUCGCCGUGUGCCUGGCCUGUUUCGGAAUGUAUCCGAUCCUUCCAGGAGUCAAUGCCUGGAACGUAUCAAAUACGCCGAGCCCAGAGAAACGAGCAAUCAGCAUCGGCUUCUUGGUCUGUGUCGGAAAUAUUGGUGGUUUGAUCGGCAGCUAUAUCUACCUCGACAAGGAAGCGCCAACAUAUCCUACGGGCUUUGGUACAUCUUUUGGAUUCGCAUCAGCCGGUAUCAUUGCUGUUAUUGCGCUUGAAAUCCUUUUGAAGAGGCUCAAUGAGAAGAAGGCGCUACAGACUGAAGACGAAGUGAGGGAGAGAUACACUGAAGAAGAGCUUGGCCGCAUGGGGGAGAAGAGCCCUCUGUUUAAAUAUGCUCUUUGA